AAUGGAGCUCAACUCUUAGGUCUUCCUAAAUCAUGAAAUGAUUUAAUUUCUAAAAAUAGCAAAAAUAUAUGUUAUAUAAGAUUAAAAGAAGGAAUGGAGAAAAGAAGUGUGACUUUCAAUUAUGACAUUUAUAUUCAGGCCAUCAAUCUAUUGAUACAUCUUUGGCUAAUUAAUGUGAUUCCAGUGACAGCUCUUCCGGGAAUCAUCAAAAUUGGCGGACUCUUCACACAAUCACAAACAGAACAAGAAUUGUUAUUCCGGUUGUCUGUGGACAGGAUUAACGCCGAUUCCACUAUUCUCUCCAAAACAACAUUAAUGGCACAAAUUGAACGAAUUGAAGACAUCGACAGUUUUCAUGCCGAUAAACAGGUGUGUUCAUUGUUGGGAAGCGGUGUUGUGGCUCUGUUUGGACCGUUAAGUCUGAGCCCGUCGUCAACUCAUACGCAAUCGAUCUGUGAUGCGCUGGAAAUACCACACGUCGAAAGUCGUUGGGAUUUUCAACUGCAAAGGGAUGACCUCUCUAUCAAUUUAUUCCCUAAACCUUCCGUUUUGGCCAAAGCUUACGUCGAUUUAGUUAAAGCUUGGAAUUGGAAAGUGUUUGCCAUUGUAUAUGAAAAUAACGAGGGCAUAAUUAGAAUUCAAGAUUUCUUGAAAGAAGCGGAACGUAAUAAUUGGCAAAUCCUGUUGUAUCAGUUCAUUGCCGGCAAACCAUAUAGAGAUACCUUUUGGGAGAUCAAUAAAUCGCAAUCUCGUGUCGUAAACAUUGUUCUCGACGUUAAGCGCGAAAAUCUGGUUCACGUUCUCAGACAC